ACAAAAACCAUAAUAAAAGCAAAAACAAAAGUGUCUUCAGCGUACCAUUGCGAUCUCGUAACUCAAUAUCCCACUCUUCUUCCUUGCAAGUGUUCAAUUGACAAGUCAUGGCUUCUGUAGCUGAAACACAGAGAACUUUGUACCCAUAUGUAACUGGAUCCUCUGUGGUAGCAAUCAAAUACAAAGAUGGGAUUCUCAUGGCUGCUGAUAUGGGAGGUUCCUAUGGGUCUACCUUGCGAUACAAGAGUGUUGAGCGCAUAAAGGCUAUUGGGAAACAUUCCCUUCUUGGUGCUACUGGGGAAAUAAGUGAUUUUCAGGAGAUUUUACGCUACCUAGACGAACUCAUCCUUAAUGACAACAUGUGGGAUGAUGGUAAUUCUCUAGGGCCUAAGGAGGUGCACAACUAUUUAACUCGAGUGAUGUAUAACAGGCGUAAUAAGUUCAACCCUUUGUGGAACUCUCUUGUACUUGGUGGUGUGAAGAAUGGACAAAAGUACCUUGGCAUGGUUAACAUGAUUGGAAUUAAUUUUGAAGAUAAUCAUAUAGCCACUGGGCUUGGAAAUCACCUUGCAAGGCCAAUUCUCCGUGAUGAGUGGCACGAAAAUUUGACCUUUGAAGAAGGUGUUAAGUUGCUGGAAAAAUGCAUGCGAGUGCUUUUGUAUCGUGAUAGAUCUGCCGUAAACAAGAUACAGAUAGCUAAAAUGACUGAAGAAGGUACUACUUUGUUCCCACCUUUCUCAUUACAAACAUAUUGGGAGUUCUCUGCUUUCAAGAAUCCAACUGUGGGUGCAGAAGGUUCAUGGUAACUGGCUGGAUAUGGAAUCAAAUGAAGCUGGAAUUUUAAAUGGAUAUAUGAAAUGGUUUCCAAUUCCUACAGCUGACUUCUUUGUGUUUAAUGGGUAUGGAAUGAAAUAUUUGAUGUGAAUUUAUAUUUUUCAUAAAAAAUCAUUGUAACUUGAUAUCUGUGUCACAGGUAAAUUUCAUAUUUUAUAGUACUUAAUUCCUU